AUGUCAGGCAAAGGUUUCGCAGCCAACGACCGCAGCGGCGGGCUCCCUGGUAGCGAUGCCAAGCUACAGAAGCCGGUAAAGCAGUCCGUUUUUGAUAAGCAAAAGGCCGAAGCGGAAGCCAAGCGCCAACGCGAUGCGGCUGAGACCAAGGCCGUCUACGAGGACUUUGUCAAGAGUUUCGACCGCGAUGACGACAACGACAACCACGACCGAGACAACUACGGCAGCAACCACGGCCCGCGGCGAGACGGUGGCUUCAAUAGCAAUCGCGGGGGUCCCCCUCGACACGGGUUCGGCGGGGGAGGCUCGCGGCGACAUUUUGGCGCGUCUUCCUCGUCGUCAGGUAUGAAGAGCGGCCCGGGGAGCCUAGGCCCUGCGCCCAACGCAUUUGGAAAGAAGAGAUCGUUUCAAGACUUUAAUAAAGGCUCCACGGCGCCACGAGAUCGAGGUGGGAUGGGGUUUGAGGACUACCGCAGUGGUCCACCAUCUCAGCAGCAGGCCAGCGCUUCCUUGAGCAAGGCGUUUGCGACCAGCGACGACGAGGAUAUGGGCGAUGCGCAGGACAGGGAGGAGGACAAGGCGGUGGCGCGGCCGACGCUGCGACUCUCAAAUGUGCCUCCGGGGACGUCGCCGGCUACGAUCAAGGCGAUGAUGCCCUCGAACCUCGUGAUAGACAAUGUCAAGCUGCUGCCCCCGGCACCUGGCGCCGCGACGGAGCGCAAGAGCCUGGUGGUGAUUGUGACCAUGUCACCGGAGACGCCAGCGACAGACAUGGACGCGGCUGUGAGCGCGCUGCAGAACAGGUAUAUGGGCUACGGCUACUACCUGGCGCUGCACCGUCACCUGUCAUCGGCGGUCGCGAGCUCGGCGGCCGCGCUGCCGAACAUGGGCCUCUCAUCCGGCACAUCGCAUCCCUUCGGUGCCAAACCUGUGGAGCAGCAGUCUGAGGCCGGGGGAAAGAACGCGCAGCAGCAACAGAGCUUCCAUCGCGGGUUUGCGCCCCCUACGUCGUACGGGCCCAACUACGUGGCCAUCAACCGCGCCAACAUCUUACACGUGCCCGUCAAGCCGCCGCAGGACGUGCGCACGAUCCAGCUCAUCAACAUGGUCAUCGAGGGUGUCCUGGAGCACGGCCCCGAGUUCGAGGCGCUGCUCAUGUCGCGGCCCGAGGUCCAGCGCGAGGAGCGGUGGGCGUGGCUCUGGGACGCCCGCAGCGAGGGCGGUGUCUGGCUACGCUGGCGGCUAUGGGAGGUGGUGACGGGCGUGCAGCCCCGGGCCCAGCGCGGCAAGUACGUACCGCUGUUUGAGGGGGCGCACGCGUGGAAGUCCCCGGAGAAGCCGCUGCCGUUUGAGUACACGACGAGGAUGGACGAGUUUGUCUCGGACUCGGAGUACAACUCGUCGGACGACGAAGACGUGGACGACGAGGCGAAUAACAACAACAACCGUGACGGCGAGGAGAGCGGCCGCUCGUUCCUGAAUCCGCUCGAAAAAGCCAAACUGACGCACCUACUCGCACGGCUACCAACUACGCUGGGGCGGCUACGAAAGGGAGACAUUGCACGGAUCACUGCGUUUGCGAUUACGCACGCCAGCCGCGGCGUGGACGAGGUGGUGGACAUGCUCAUCACCAACGUGGAGACGCCGCUGUCGCUGGCCUCGGCGAAUCCAGACCGGGAGCGCGAUCGCGAGCGGGAGAAGGCGGCCUCGGACGAUGGUCCGCCGGACCUGAGCGGCGCGAGCCUGAUUGGGCUGUACGUCGUCAGCGACGUGCUGUCAUCGUCGUCGACGAGCGGGGUGCGGCACGCUUGGCGCUACCGGCAGCUGCUGGAGGCGGCGCUCCGGGCGCGCGGCACGCUCGCGUGGCUCGGGGGCAUGGCGGAGCGGCAGGGCUGGGGCCGGCUGCGCGCGGAGAAGUGGAAGCGCAGCGUCGGGCUGGUGCUGCACCUGUGGGAGGGCUGGUGUGUGUUCCCGGCGGCGAGCCAGGCGCUGUUUGCGCAGAGCUUCGAGAACCCACCGUCGAUGGCGAGGGGAUCCAAGGGAGCAGCGACGGAGGAGACGCAAGAUGGCGCUGGCGAGGUCAAAGACGGCCGGUGGAAGCUGGUGGAGGCAAAGUCAGCAGAGGAAGCGGACGCGGACGUGCAAGGCGAGCCGAUCAAAGAGGAUGAUGUCGAGGGAGAGCCGAUCGAGGAGGAUGAUGUCGAGGGAGAGCCAAUCGAGGAGGAUGAUGUCGAGGGCGAGCCGAUUGGGGAUGACGACGUUGAAGGUGAGCCCAUUGAGGAAGAUGAUGUCGGAUCGCCAAUGGACGAGGAGGAUGCGGCGGGCGAGCCAAUGGAUGAGGAUGAGGCGGCGCCGGGAACGGGGCAGGCUGGCAGUAGUGGUCAUGGUGCGGCGCCACAGCCGGUGUCGUCGGGAUCCGCGGCCGGACAACGGCGGAGGCGGAUGCGGGCUGCGGACAUGUUUGCCGACAGCGGCGAGGACUCUUGCUGA